CGUUGCUGGAAAAUAAUUAAACCUAUAUUUGUUUUUAUUUAGUUUUUAUAUUUAUAAACAAAGCCGAUGAUGAUCUUUCCUAUGUUAUAUGAUCUUACCCUUUCUUUCUUGUUGUAAUACUAUAUAAUAUCAUAAAUUUCCCUGCCUUCAUGCCUCGAAUCUCCAUAGUUUCUCUCCUUUCUUUGUUCUCAUGGCAAUAAUAAACCAAAAGCCAUUCUUCUUUCUUCUUCUUUUUCUUCUUUUGCAUCGUUACACCUCUUUUGCAAAUGCAUCAUAUCCUAAAUAUGAAUCAUUAUGGUCUUUAAUUUUUCUUGACAACAGUAAUGAUAAUAAUAAUCAUAAAACCACUUUUACUGCAGCCGGAUUGUCACCCGGACCAGCCCCUGAGCCAACUAUAAAACCCACACCCGGCGGUCAGAAUCCUCCAAAGUCGCCACCACCUUCUCCAAAGUUGUCACCACCACCUCCAUCGCCGCCUCCACCGGGGGCUUUAGUUCCUCCUCCUUCGCCUAGUAAUGCAGAACCGGCGCAAGGGAAAGAUGGGCUAAGUGGAGGACAAAAGGCAGGGAUAGUGAUUGGAACUUUAGCAGGGAGUGGAUUGUUGGUGUUUGGUGGAAUGAUUUAUAAGAAGAGACGGAGUAAUAUUAGAAGAGCGAGAUUUGGAUCGGCAGCGAGGGCAUCAUUUCUUUGAUAUAGUUUGGUUCUUCUAGUUCAUCGAUUCUUGAAUUGCAGUUUGGAAGGAAAAUACAGUCGAGGACAUUUGAUGAGAUUUUACUAACUAAUAAUGUGUUAGUAUUUUUACUUUUGAUAGAUAAAAAAAUAAAAAAAAUUAUUGUGUGAGACUAUGAAAUUCUUAUAGCGUAUGAUCUUAAAAUUAUUUUUUUUUAUCGAAAAAACAUGUUAUUAGUCUAUUUCAUAGUACAAAAGUAUCUCUCUUGUAAGCUUAAUUGUA